AACAAUUAUAUUGAUUGCAAAAUUAACGUAAUUUAAAGAGUUACCAGUUCUUCUUCAACACACAAAGAAAAACAAAGUCUGAAAUCAUUUACAUUUUAAAAUCAAAAUAAUUGAAAAGUAUCCUGCUACUUUUAAGCCUAAAACUACAUUAAGUAAAUUUUAGGACUUAAAAUUAUACUCUCAAAGCUAAAAUUUAGUUAUAAAUGGUUCUACUGUAAAUAGUUUUAGUCAAAAGAGGGGUGAAAUUAAGAUUUAUUAUUUUUUACAGUUUAGACUUAUACAUAGGAUGAUCUGUCUUAACAGAUAUCAAAAAACAGUUUGACACCGUCUGGAGAGACAGACUUCUGAUCAAAUUGAUUAAAUUAAAUUUAUCUCCCUCGAGAGUUAUAUUAUUCUAAAAUGGCCGCGCUACCAUACUUCACUGUUCAAAUUAACUCUCAGUGAAGUUAACUUUUAACUCCCAAUAUUUUACUUUUUUUCUUUUUACUUCAAAAGCAGAGUGGGACUUUUGAAAAAUCCUGUUUGAAUUUAAAAAUUGAUGAAAAAUUUCUGUAUGAAAUAUUUUUUAAUUUUGAGGGCUAAGCAGUUGAUUUUACAAUGCUAAGACAAUGAAACUUUAUAAUAUCGGUUUAAAAUUUUAUAAAUUUUAUAUAAAAAUAAUUAUUUUCUUUGUAGCAACUGGUGACGUACACGACCUUGCACAUGAAAAUAUGCAUGAUCUUGUAUUUUAAGAGACUUGAAAUUUUUGGUUAAAAAAAAUGAAAAAUUGAAAUUUUUUGGUUUUUGGCUAAACUCUGGGCUGUGGUUGUCCCGAUGGUCGUAGUUUUUAAAUACAUUUCUUUUUAUAUAUUCCCAAUAAAAGGAGAAUUCAGACGCAAUAAUCUGCCUCUGCAAUCUGCCUGCGCAGGCAACAGCAUCAACAAGAUAGAGAUGCAUUAUGUUUAAACAACAUUUUUUAAUUGUGUUGUGGAUUUAGUCGCAUAAUUCAAUACAAAGUAACUUAACAACAACAAGGGUAUUGACAUGAUAGCGUUAUAAUUAUUUAUAUUUUCUCAUCCACAUCUACAAUAUAGUACAUUAUCUAAAGAAGUGUAAAUAUAUUUACCUUCGCUAUCUUUAAAUCUUCGGAAGCACAACUCUUUCAAUAUUUUGCACUUUACGAGAAGAGGUGUAAUUAUAGAAUUUCAGUAUCUUUUAAACUCAUUUGUUGAGAGUAUCAUUUUGCAAAUUUUAUAACUAAUAUUAAGGAAAUGAUUUGUUUUCUAAAUAGAAGAGUUCUUUUUCUAAGAAAAGAAAUAAGUUUCCGAAGAUACCUAAGUGCACAGGAAAUAAUGAAUCGAGAUAGAAAAUAUGGGGCUCAUCAUUUCCAACCCUUACCAGUUGUUUUAAUUAAAGGAGAAGGAAGCCAUGUAUGGGAUGUCGACGGAAAGAAAUAUCUCGACUUCAUUGCUGGUUUCGCCACUUUGAACCAGGGACAUUCUCAUCCUCGAUUAAAGAAGAUUAUGCAUGAGCAAGUGGAACUUAUUGCUCACACUUCUAGAGCAUUUUUUACAAAGCCACACGGAGAAUUGGCUGAAUACUUGACAAAACUCUUGGGAUGGGAUAAAUUUUUACCUAUGAAUACAGGUGUUGAAGCCGGCGACACGGCAUUGAAACUAGCUCGUAGAUGGGGAUACAGAGUCAAGAAAAUUCCAGAAAAUAAAGCUGUUGUUAUUUUUGCAAAUAAUAAUUAUUGGGGACGUUCGUUAGCAGCUAUUUCAGCAUCUACAAACCCAGUAUUUUACGAGGACUUUGGCCCAGUAAUGACGCAAUUUGAAAAAGUUCCUUAUGAUGAUCUAGAUGCCUUGGAAUUAAAAUUUAAAAACAACCCCAAUAUUUGUGCUUUUAUGAUGGAACCAAUACAAGGCGAAGCAGGAGUCAUUGUACCGAAAGUAGGAUAUUUAAAAGGCAUAAGAAAACUAUGUACAAAAUAUAAAGUAUUGUGGAUUGCUGAUGAAGUCCAAACUGGAUUAGGUAGAACAGGGAAGCGUUUAGCUGUAGAUCAUGAAGAAGUGAAGCCUGAUAUUUUGGUCCUUGGUAAAGCUUUAUCCGGUGGAAUGUAUCCUGUGUCUGGUAUUUUGGCGGACGAAGAGUUGAUGUUAUUACUCGAGGCUGGUACACAUGGAAGUACUUUUGGGGGAAGUCCGUUAGGUCAAAGAAUAGCAAUCGAAGCUAUGCGAAUAUUAGAAGAAGAAAAUCUUGCUGAAAAUGCCAAGAAAAUGGGUGCUAUUCUUAAAGAAGAAUUUGAAAAUUUGCCUAAAUCUCAAGUUUCAGAAUUCAGAGGCCGCGGAUUAUUAGCAGGUUUAGUGCUUAAUAAAGAUUUUGCAGACGGCUGGGACUUUUGUUUAAAAUUACGAGACGCAGGAUUAUUAUCAAGACCUUCAUAUGGUCAAAUUAUCAGAAUAGCUCCACCACUCGUAAUUAAUGAAGACGAACUCCGUAAAGGAAUUAAUAUUAUUAUUAAUACAUUAAAUAACUAUACCAAGGCAUAAAUGUAAAAGUUAUUUAGUUAUACAGAUUAAAGCAGUAAGGAACUCAAAAAUUAUUCUUAAUAAAUUGUACAAAAUUAUAACUUUA